CAAUUUUCAUUGGAUCCGAGAUAGAGUAGCGAAGCUUCCUAACCAAUCGGAUGCAAUGUGUUAUUAGCAAACACCGGUAGGGCCCAAUAUACAGCUCUUGGUGCAACAUGGCGAUCGACGACGAACGACUUUUCGAGAACGAUCCUCCUGAGGAAGAGGAAGAAGAAGAGGAAGAGGAGGAAGAAGAUUUAGUGGAUCCCCGCGAGGAGGUCAUGGAAAACUGCCGUCAGGACGGCCACUGCGCGGGGUUCAAGCAGGAGCUGGAGGCCUGCACGGAGCGGGUGACCGGCCGCAGCCACACGGAGGAGACCUGCACCCAGGAGCUGUUUGAUUUCUUGCACUGCGUUGACCACUGUGCUGCAGAGAAGGUCUUCAAGCAUGUGAAAUGACGUGAACACUCAGGCUUUUGUUACUUCAGUUGAUCCUUUCCCCGUUGUACGUCAGUCGUCAUGCAUGAACACACCUCCGGAACUUGCAACGUCACCAAACCACCACAUGCUCCAGAUUUGGCUUCCAACCCCAAAGUGUGCCGAGUAGACGCAGUGUGCAUCCCUCAGAUUGGUUCAAUAUCUCAAAACAGAAGAUAGGUCUAUCCGAUUUUUAGCUGAAAUCCCAAACCACUCAGCCGUUUUCAAAGUAAAUUGUAAAAAAGAAAUGGAUGUUGUAGCUCUUCAAGUUUUCAAAUUGCAUGAUACCAUUUUGUGUAGUGUUAAGUUAAUUUGUAUACAUUUAAUUCCUGUGGUCAUUGACAUAAAAUUUGUAUCCACGGUAUCAGACCUCCGUCAAUGCCAGAAAGUGUAUGUCCGUACCUGCGAGCAAUGCUCAACUCCUUCUCUUAGCAUUUGGUGUGCAUAUGCAAGUACACGUACAUACUCUUGCAAAAUUUUAAUUUCCACCUGUCACAAAACCGACACACCUGUUGCAAGUAACCAUUUGUUUGGAUUCCAACCCUAGAUGCAACAUAAUAUGGAGCGCCACAGGUGCGUUGUGACUUAUUUGAGUGCCACCAAACAGUGCACGGCACACAAAGGCACUUGUUCCAAGUUUGAUUUAACUUAAUUGAUAAGUAUAGCGUUGAAUAAGUUAAUUUUCCAUUUAAUCAACAGCUGGCCGAUGAUCGUUACUUUCAAGUGCGUCAGUUCUAUUUGCAAGUCUGCAGAUUUUCAAAAGGUCGAUACGAAGGAACAUUACAUAGCCACUAUCUGAAUUUGCAUUUAUUUCUUGAUAGGCUCAAUUAAUUAUUUGGAUUGAAUGUGAAUGCAUUUUAUGAUUUGUUAGGAUAAAGUUCUUAAACCAGUUUGCCAACAUUCA